UUUAUUAUAAUUAUUUUAUAGGGAUGCUUGGAAAAAAAUUUAUGAAAAAUAUUGAUCGGAUUCGAAAAAACACGAAAAAUAAAAGAAAAUUAUUUCCGAAUGAGCGGAGGUACCAAAAGCCGCGUUCAUAUGGACCAGAUGCCGAUUAUGGUUUAGCUGAACCUCUCAUAGAAAUUUUGACAGCAGAAGAAUUGGAAACCAAAAAAUUAAUGUUUCUGACAUCAUUGAAUGAUGUCAAUUUUAAACAAGUUGAAAUCGAUACCCGAGAUCAAAGUAACAAUGAAAAAUGGUUUUAUGAAAGAAAAAUAAGACUUACAGCAUCGCGCUUUGGACAAAUUUGUAAAAUGCGUGCCAACACAUCAUGCAAAAAUACAGUGUAUAACAUACUUUACGCCCCAAGUGCUCAGUCAAAAUCGCUAAAAUACGGACGAGAAGUAGAAGACAUCGCACGUAAAAAAGCGGAAUUAAUUAUAAAAAAAAAAAUUGAAAUUUGUGGUUUGAUCAUUGAUCCUAAUGAUCCAUAUUUAGCAGCGAGUCCUGGUAAAUCAUUUUUUUUAUUGCCAUGCAUUUUGAUAAAAAUAAUAGGUAUAUCCUUUAUUUUUUUUAAUAUUUUAACCAAAAAUUUUUUUUUAUAGAUGGUUUAAUUGAAAACGAUGCUGUAGUUGAAAUCAAAUGCUCAUAUGUUGCUAAAGAUAGGGGAAGACGGGGUAUUACCGUAUGCGGGGCAAAAUCGUAUUAUCGGAAUGUUAUCAAUAAUUGUUAUCAUGGAGGUAAACUGAAGACACCGAUUUGAAACGUUUUGUUUGCUUAUCUAUUGAAUAUGAUAGUGCACUUGUUUUGAUAUCACGUUUUUAAAAUAAAUACGUUUUAUGUUUUUACUUUCAAUUACUAAAAUAUUAUCAACAUUUCAAAGAGUGAAUUUUUAUAUGCGAAAAAAUUGUUCAGGUAUGUCAUAUUUAUUAUUCAAUAGCUAAUGAAGUGUAAUUUACAUUUGUUGUAUAAAUGCAUUCAUUUAUUAAUUUAAUGUUUGAUAUAAAGCUCGAAAACUUUUAAUAGUCUUGUGGGGCAAAAUCGUAUGGGGCAAAAUCGUAUGGUUAUACACUGUACGGUUUUACUACGUUGAUAUUUUGACAAUUGCUAUGGUUGAAUUUAAACAAUUUAUUAGUACCUAUUGAAUUGUUUUAUUUUUCUUAGUAUGGUUCGUAAUUAUAUUCGGAAAUCAAACAGACAAUCAUGGUUGGAAGAUGAUAUGAAAAUGGCUGUAUUAGCUGUGGUGGAAAGAAGUUUGACUUAUGAUGCUGCGUCUAUUCGUUAUGAAGUUCCUCGUUCAACGUUACAGGAUCGAGUCAAUAAAGUUAAAGAAGGAAAAUUAAAUGUACAACAGUGUGGAUUAAAAGCUUUGGGACAUUAUCAAAAAGUAUUUUCAAUCGAACAAGAAAAUGUUCUUGUACAAUAUUUAAAAGACAUGGAAAGUCGUUUGUUUGGCUUAACACAAAAUCAUUUUAGAAAAAUGGCCUUUGAACUUGCCGAAAGAAACAAUAUUGCUCAUAAUUUUAAUAAAACAAAUGGUUUAGCAGGUCAAGAUUGGUUAAAAGGCUUUUUAUUAAGGCACCCAGAGUUGUCAGUACGGAUCCCAGAACCAACUUCAGCUGUGAGAGCUAUGGGCUUCAAUCGACCGGUGGUGAAUAGUUUUUAUGAUUUGUUAAAAAAAUGUUAUGAGACUCAUCACUUUAAGCCAGAACAAAUUUUUAAUGUUGAUGAAAGUGGAUUGUCAAAUGUAGCCAAAAGUAGAGCCAAAAUAAUUUCCCAAAAGGGACGAAGACAAGUUGGCAAACUGUCAUCAGCUGAAAGAGGUCAAAAUGUUACAGUGACAAUUUGUUUUUCAGCAUCGGGUUCAUAUAUUCCCCCAUUAUUAAUAUUCCCUAGAGUCAGAUUAAAUCCAGAUUUUGAAGAAGAAGCACCACCUGGAUCAUUGGUUGUUUGUCAUCCAUCAGGGUGGAUGCAAUCCGAAAUAUUUGUGCAGUGGCUUCAUCAUUUUAUUAAGCAUACACAUCCCACAAAAGAAAACCCUAUUUUAUUGCUUUUAGAUGGUCAUGUUACUCAUGUUAAAAACCUUGAAGUUAUAGAUGUAGCCCGCAAAAAUAAUAUAGUUAUCAUUUGUUUUCCUCCCCAUACAACUCACAAAUUACAACCGUUAGAUGUGAGCUUUAUGGGUCCACUCAGUACAUACUAUAGCCAAGAGUUAGAUUUGUGGUUACUUAACCACCCAGGCCAAGUUGUUGGUCUUCGCCACAUUUCUAAAAUUUUUCGUGAGGCAUAUCUAAAAGCAGCAACUCCUAAAAAUGCAAUUUCUGGUUUUAGAAAAACUGGUAUAGCUCCAUUUAAUUCAGACAUAUUUGACAAUUCUGACUUUGCUCCAGCUGAAACUACCAAUAAUAUUGAAAUGUCAUUAGAUACCCAAACACAACCUUGUUGUUCAGCUGAUAAUAAUAGUGCUCUUGCAUUAUAUUCUACUCCCCAACCUAGUUCCUCUGCUAAUACAUUGAAUACUGAACAACCUGCAGAUAAUGUUCAAAAUGCAGCUGUUUCAUCUUUAUUGUCUCAAAGUUUGGUAUUAGAAACACCACAUACAACUUUUUCUUCAAAUGAAAAACAGAUUUUUACUAUAUCUCCAGAAAUUAUUUUGCCAAUACCAAAAGCUCAAAAUAUUAACAGAUCAUCAAGAAGAAGAGGAAAGACAGCAAUUAUCACUGAAAGUCCAUACAAAAAAGAACUCCAAGAAGCUAAAGAAAACAGCAAACCACUGCCAAAGAAAAAACAAAAGAAAAAUAAUAUUAAAAAAAGAUUAUUCACUUCUACAGAUGAAGAAGAAAUUCACCCCAAAAAGCUAUGUGUUUCAACUGAUGAUGAUGACAGUGCCGACGAAGAGUGUAUAUAUUGUAGUAUGCCAUACAAAGAAGACUCAAAGGGAGAGAAAUGGGUUAAAUGUAUAAAUUGCUGUAGAUGGUGUCAUGAGCUUUGUGGAGGAGUUGAUAACUGGAAGACCUACAUUUGUGAUCUUUGUAUAAAAAAAAAAUAAGUAAAACAUUAUUGAUUAAGGUAAUUUUUAUUUCUUAUAAGAAAAAAAGGUUUUGUUUUAUUUUUAUAUUACAUAUUGUUUACUAUAUUUAUAUGCUAGGCAGGCAUAAUGUUAAGUUUUGUUAUUAUUUUUUUUUGAAAAAGUUAUAAAAAGUUUUUGUUUUUUUAAUAUUUACAUAUUAUUUUAUGUUUACCUACUAUAUUUAUGUGCUAGGCAGGCAUAAUGUUAAGUUUCAUUAUUAUUUUUUUUGGAAAAGUUAUAAAAAAGUUAUUUUGGUAUAAUAAUUUAUAUUUCUUAUAAAAAAAUAAGGUUUUGUUUUAUUUUUAUGAUUAUAAUAAACUGUUUAUGUUCUAGCUAGAAUUGCCAAAAAAAUUUAUCAUAUUAAAUUUUGUUAUUAUUUUUAUUAAAAAGUAAUUUUGUGUGGUCAUUUUUAUUUCUUAUAUUAAAAGAAGAUUUUGUUUUAUUUUAAUAACUUUAUAGGUACUUAGGUAAGUUGUAUUUGUUGUACUACUGCCAAUGGGAGCAGGUUUUAUCGCAUAUUGUAUUGUGUUAUUAAUUUGUUGACAUUUUGAAGAAUUGAAAACAAUGUUUAGGUACAUUUUUAAUUAAUGAAAAUGAAAUCAUACAUAGCUUACUACCUACUGCCUAAUUUUAGUUAAACUUUAUAAAUGAAUUAAACAAAAGACCAAUACCAAUUAAUAAUUUACCAAUAAAUAUAAUGAACUGUGUUUUGGUAUAAAAAAUUAUCCUCAUACGAUUUUGCCCCAGGGUACAUACGGAUUUACCCCGCACCUGGGGUAAAUCCGUAUUUUUCCCAAAAAAAGUAAAACGCAAAUUAGACACAUUUAAAAAAAAAAAAUACAAAAAAGUUUCGAAUAAAAGUUAUAGACCAUAAGUUGUUCUAUAUAUACCAGUUUAAAAAAUUUAAUUUCGUUAAAAAUUACAUGAUUCAUAAGCCAUGGAAGCUUAACCGUA